AUUGGGCCAAACUGAAAGUCGCAAAAAAAAAAAAAAAAAAAUCAGGGACACGUCAAGUUUCGGUUUGGUUCGCUUCCUUGUAAUUGUUGUAUUCGCAACCAUGACCGACUUCCUUGACCGUCUGGGAAGGAAGAGGUCAGUCAAACAAUCCAUCCUAUCUUCAAAUGCGUCCUUUUUAAAAAAUGUCCCCACCACAACCCCUUUCCACCCACUAUCGCCUCGCACCGCCGUCUCUAGAAAACAGUCUUCACCAGUUCGCAGCAAAACUGGAGUGUCGCGCUUAACCCCCAAGCGAUCGCUUCUGCGCAUGCGACCAUCGAUCGAUGAUCGUCGCGAUGUAGCACAAGAUCACCAUCCUACCGAUGAGUUGGCCGAUUCGGAAAUUACAGACAUGUUUGAACAAAUGCUCGAACGUCGUGGGAUUCACGAUCCUCAGGCGAAAGCAACCAUGUCGAGUUGGCAUGUGGACAAGAAGAGGUUGAUGAUUAAGCAAGAUCGUCAAGCGGAAAGACUGGCUUCAGGACAACCCGCCAUGGAAACAGGUUCUCGAUCGACGCCGUCAUCGAAUCCGUCAUUGGCCGGCUCUACAGAUAUGGUAGGUGAUACGAUCUACUGUGCCACACCUUCACGCACUUUUUCGAUGACGGGCGGCGACCGACCCAACUCGAUCAAAACUUCGAAAAGCACGCCCACCGAAGGAUCGCCCUCAAGGGAAGAGGCUUCGGAUACACUAUCGGCCAGUCAUUUUAUACGUACCUUUAUGGAAACCAACCUUCGCGCCGUAACUCCAGCCGUCGCCAGCAGCUUGGAAGUCAGUCUAAGGACACGGACCAUGGACUGGGUCAUCGGGUUUAUUGAUCUCAAAGGAUUCCAUGUGCUCAAUAACAGUCUCGCCUACUUGAAUCGCAAGCAAGAUAGGACGGAUAGCGACAUCGAAGUGGAAGCUGAAAUUGUAAAGUGCAUCAAGACGCUUGUCAACACAAAGUACGGAGUGCAGGAAGCCGUGACCAACCCCAACUACAUCCAUACCAUUGUCUUCUCUUUACCCAAUGCUCAUUGGCAAACGCGUAAACUGGUGUGUGAAUUGCUCGCCUUCUUAAGCUAUUGUCAUCCUGACGGUUUGGCUCACGUUUUGCGCGGGUUCGAUCUGUUGCGAGAUCAUCGUCAUGAUUUGGGAAGGUUCGACGCCUGGCUCAGUACGGUGGAACACACCAUUGCUGGUCGCGGGAAAGCGGGAUCGCUGGUCGGUGCUCAUCAAGAGCUUAAACAAUCCGGCAUUCGAACAGGCCUCGAUAAACAUGUCAACGAAUAUGCAUUAUCAAGCAUGAUUCUGGUGAAUACUUUAUUAAAGAACACCACUGACAUCAAUGAUCGUGUUCAUCUUCGUAACGAAUUGAACGCUUCUGGAUUUCAAGCGCGUGUGCUCCCCAAAUUUGAAUCGCUCAACUACCAUCUUCUCAACUACCAGAUCGACGCCUAUAAAAUCGCAGCCGAAAACGAUGCAGAGGAUUUGUUUGGAGAUGAAGCAUCGAUUUAUGCGGAUAUCUUCCAUCCCUCGGAGCUUCUCGACCGGAUUCUGGAGACUAUGGAAGAUACACCGGACGCACAUGAUUAUCUACUCGGCAUACUGCGAAGCUUGCUCUUAAUCAAAGGCGAUCCAGGAACUCGUGUCCAUUAUUAUCACAUGGUGAGUGUGCUGGUAGAGCAUACAGUGAUGGAUCGAUGCAGUUCUUUGCCCGAAGAUUUUACUUCCACCUUCGGUGUUUCGGUGGGCAAUCUGAUUCAGAAAUUUAGCGAUUUGGAUCGUCUACAUGUUCUGGAAGACGAAGCCACGAAAAGCAGAGAAACCAUAGCCAGACUGAUCACAGAAAAACAAGAGCUGGAAGUACAACUACAGGACCGUCAACACGGUUCACAUAGUAUGAAUCGUGCAGGACACCAUCGAUUACACAUGGAUCUUGAAAACUCGCAGUUAAAAACACUUUUAAAAACGUCCAAAGUAACCAUUGCCAUGCUGCAGGAACGCGUUCGAGAACUUACUGAUCAGCUUGAAGCGACAAAUCCCAUCCCAUCGCAACCGCCACGCAUUGUACUAGGCAACGCAUGGAAAGUGACUCGCCAACUCAAGGAAAAAAUGGCCAAUCAUCCUUUUAUGUCUGGCAACACUUCGAGCGACAAAUUUCCACGGAGCCUGCGUGGUCGUGGCGGCAAAGAUUUAAAGAUUCAAACCGCAACGGAUGAUCAAAGCAAUGAAACAAGCACAAGAGCGUCGACCACGACUUCUCCCGCAGAUAUUGCUUCACCAGCACCAGUACCUGCAACUGCUCCCCCACCUCCGCCGCCACCUCCGCCGCCACCUCCUUUGCCCUUAUCCACCUUACAAUCACUACCGUCUGCCGUAACCCCUCCUCCACCACCACCGCCACCACCGCCACCGCCACCGCCAUCGAUGUUGCCGUCUACAUCAGGGUCAUCCGCUACUGCACCACCUCCACCUCCGCCUCCGCCUCCUCCACCAGGCCCCGCUGUGAAGCCAGGUGUUCUUACGACCAAUCAUGAAGAGGUCAAAAAAUCUUCUCUAAAUGAACCAAUGCUAGCAUCACCUGUGAUUGCUCCACCCUCGCGAAAAGAAAUUCACCACCAACCCAAUAUCAAACUGAAAAAUCUUCAGUGGCAAAAGUUGGAAGCCCAUAAUGUCGAUCACACCAUCUGGAAGUCGGGACAAGUGAAUGAAGAUCAACUGGAAAACAGGUUGGACGAGAUGGGUAUCUUUAGUGAAAUCGAGACCCUGUUCCCCGCCAAAGUGAAUACACUCUUUGAACGCAGAAUCAAGACAAAAUCUGAAGAUGAGAAAAACAUUGUCAGGUUCUUGUCCAAGGACAAGACACGAAAUUUAAAUAUUGCAGUGUUGCCCAAAAUCAAACAUUUUGCUUCCUUCAAGGAAGUGAUUCAACAUAUUCUGGCUGUGGAUGAUCAAUUAUGCACAGAGACUUUCCUCAGCAAUCUUCUAGUAAAUCUUCCCAAUAAUGACGACGAUUUAAGAACGAUGGACAAAUACAUGAAGGCCUCCGAAGAAGAAUGCAAAGUUUUAGCUCUUCCUGAGCAAUUUAUGAUUGAGAUGAUCAAAAUCCCUCAUUGCCAAGAACGGCUAAAAUUCAUGCUGUUUCGAGUUCAAUUUUGGGAACGAUACCAUCAUCUGACCAAUAAUAUGUCGACUGUGCUAGAUGUAUCGGAUGCACUUCGCCACUCGUCUAAUUUCAACGAACUUUUACACCUGAUCCUGAGCGUGGGUAACUACAUGAAUGCCUCAACUCUGAAUGGCGGAGCCUACGGCAUGCGUAUUGCUAGCAUCAACAAGCUGUCCGAUACAAAAGCCUCUCACACUUCGUCGCUCAGUUUGCUACAUAUUCUUGUGGGGAUCAUACGACGUCAUUUUCCCCAUCUUUUAGCGUUCCUGGAUGAUCUCAAGGACGUCAAACACGCUACUCGCAUCAUGGCAAGUGUCAAUGAUAUUGUACAGCAAUAUACCGAGAUGCGUCAAGGGCUGAAACAGCUGGAUGAAAAACUAUCAACUCUUUGGCGCCAAGACAACGAAGACCAUGACAUUGAGACAAGCGGCAGUAGCGAUGGUGACAGCCAGCAUGGUGAUGCCGAUAUCGAUACGAACGAGCAAGACAAAGAGUCAGUUCGAUUAAAAGAAAGCAACAAGGAUAAGACCAAUGAUCUUUUGAAGGACGACAGAUUUGUAGCCAUUAUGCGAGAAUUACGCGAGGCGGCCCGAGAUCGAUUUGAGGCACUGGAAACGUUGUAUUUAAACAUGGACAGUCGGUGGAAAGAUGUCAUGGUAUUCUACGGUGAAAAUCCGAAAGCGAUGCGACCGGAUGAUUUCUUUGGAAUUUUUGCGAAAUUCGUUGACAGUUGGCGGUUGGCCUCUGUGGCCGAGGAGAAGUACACCCAGCGUAAAGAACGCGAAGCGAAACGCAAGGCCGAAGAAGACAAGGCACGUCAAAAGUUGAAAGAAAAGAAGGAAACUGAAAGCCAGCAUCGCGUGACAGCCACCAACGGAGCCUUACAUUGUAAGUUUUUAUUUUCGGUUUUUCAGCUUGCAGAUUCUUGCACCCACAUGCUAAUGAUUGUCGUUUUCCAGUAUCUUCGGCAAGUGGUGAUGAUCGUCGACUCAUGGACGAUUUGAUGACUAUGUUAAGAUCCGGUGAGAUCGAAACCAAGACUAGACAACGACGGAAAAGAAGAGAACGCAAAAUGAGAGUGUCUGAAGAUCCGAAUCGACCCAUGUCGGUGGCCUCUAGUAAUUUGCUAGAGGUGACAGCAGAAGAUUUGCUACGUUCCUUGCAGGCCGAGUGAACGUGGAAGUAACAUCCCCUACCCCUCCCCAACUCCACGACCUAAAUCUUUAUUUUGUAUUUACCCUUGUUGACCAUUGUAAACAUUCCCUUACUCUAUAUGUAUUCUCUA